AUGCUUCCCGACAAACCUGAAAUUCGCGCAGAAGACAGUCCUCAAUCAGACGAGGAGGGUGAACUCAAGAUUUACGACAAUGAGCCUUCUCCCUCGACAGCGGUGAGCCCGGAGACGACCGAUAAAGAAGCAACAGCAACACCAUCGGCCAAUCCUCCUCUCCCUACCGGCGAAGAACCCCCUCCAUUGCCCAAGGAGGCGCCUCCUGAUCAACCUGUGGACGAUGGCUGGGCACCAGUGUGGGACGACAGUGCUCAAGCAUUCUAUUUCUACAACCGCUUCACACAGAAGACACAGUGGGAGAAUCCGCGAGUGCCACAGGCCUCACAAGCACCACAGCCAUCAGGGCCGCCUGGCGUUGAAAAUUACGCAAGCUCGGUAGCCUCUUCGCAGGCUCCGCCGGGCCGGCAAGCUGGAGGCUACGACCCUGCCAUCCAUGGAGACUAUGACCCCAACGCCGACUACGCCAAAGCCUACGAAAUUUCCUCGGCCGUGGACGACGGUGUCGGAGCUGUGGCAGGCGCAAAUGCCGCAGAUGUUUACGAAGCCACGGGCACAUUCAAUCGCUUCACGGGGAAGUGGCAACGGGCGGAUCUCAACCCGGAGAAAUUUACGGACGAGCAGAAGAGCAAGCGACAGAUGAAUGCGUUCUUCGAUGUGGAUGCUGCAGCAAACAGUCACAAUGGGAAGAGCUUGCGCGCAGAGCGGCAGAGUCAGAAGUUGACCAAGGCCGAGUUAAAGGCCUUCAAGGAGAAGCGCAGGGAGAAGAAGGAAGAGAAGCGGCGGGCUUGGUUAAGGGAUUAG